CAUAGUCCCCAAUUUUCUGUCAUUUCUAUUGUCUAAUUCUUCGCCAUCUUUCUCUGUUUUUUCGAAGCCUUCGUGUCUAAAUGCACGUAUUUAAUUUAUUCGGAGUCGACCCUUCUUGGGCUACCGAGGAACGCAAAAUGUUCACUUCACCCAUAUACGUUUACCAAGAACUAAACCAGAACCUUGUCUUGAUUCUUGAAAUUCAUUGCAUUAUGUCUGUCUUUUAGGCGUAUAGAAUUUCUCUUGGAGUUUUUUGUGCAUUUGGAUUCUUUUUUUCAUGGAAGGAGUUGAGAGGAUCAUCCCCCAUUUUUUUAGGUGCCCCAUAAGUCUAGACUUGUUCAAAGAUCCAGUAAUCCUAUGCACAGGCCAGACGUACGAGCGGUCGAGCAUUGAAAAAUGGCUAUCUACUGGUAACCUAAUAUGUCCUGUGACAAUGCAGAAGCUCCAUGAUCCUUCUGUUGUUCCGAACCACACUCUUCGCCAUUUGAUCGAGGAGUGGCUUCAAUCUGGUAACCAGGUCGAGUCUGAUCACCUCAAAAUGAUCGACAAUGAUCAUUCUAUAGCUGCAGUCAAGCACAUUCUAGAGUCCAGUGAAUCCAAGUUGGAUCAUAAGCUUCAAAUGCUAGAAAAAAUCCAAGCUUUAUCCGAAGAACUACCGUUGCAGAAUUCGUUGUUGAUUCAAUUAGAUUUCUUCAAGUUACUCUUGGAACUAGUUUUCAGAAAUGCAGAAGGUUCAAAUUUCCAAGAAGAUUUGAGGUUUGUGGAGAAAGCACUUAUUUGUGCUAUGAACUUAUUGCCCUUCAGUGAAUUGGGGUGUCUAAACAUUCUCGAAGAGGAAGCCAAGUUAUCCCAAUUCAUUUUUCUACUUGAAAAAGGCAGUAUCAUUAUCAAGAAAUGCUUAUGCCAUAUGGUGGAGGCAAUUUCAUCAAAUCUAGAGACUCAACAACUUUGUUCUACACUAGGAAAAUCAGACAAACUUUUGCAAGAAAUAAUUCAUCUUCUUCACAACAACUCUAAUGCUGUUGAAGAUGGAAUCAAAGCCAUAUCAGCAUUAGCCUUACUGGAGUUGAAUCGAGAGAAUUUGGUUAAACAAGGUGCAAUUCAAGGGCUCAUAACAUACAUUUUCAACGCAAAGAAGCAAGAAAAAAGCUUGGCACCAAUGGCAAUGGGAACAAUUCUGAAACUGCUUUUAUCAGUAGAAAGUGCAAAACAGGCAGUAAUCAAUCACCCUUUAGGCAUUGAUGCAAUUGUCAAAAUGGUUUUCAGAGUUUCAUCACAUCAUGAAGGGAGCGAAAGUGCAGUAAAUUCAUUACUGAUUAUUUGUUUUGAAUCAAGAAGUGUUGGGGAAGAAGCCAUUUGUGCUGGAGUUUUAACUCAGUUGUUAUUGCUGCUUCAAAGCCAGUGCAGUGGGAGGACUAAAACUAAGGCACGAAUGUUGCUCAAAUUACUUGGACCCAUGUGGACUGAGAAUCCAAAGGUUUCAUUUUAGUUCAUAAAUUCAACGGACUAUUAAAGACAUAUAUGGAAGAAUCGUAAAAGAUUGUUAUCCUUUCAAGAAUUAUGUAGUCCUCAAAUGUAUGGUCCUUUCCUAAACGAACCAUAUUGUAAAAUCCCAUAGUUCGUUGUUUUUUCUUAGUGAAUUCAAAUCAAGUUCUUGAUAUGUAUAUUAACUUUUGCCUCAUAUAUGGUGCUGUGUAUAGACGAUGAUGUAAUGUUUUCGUUUAAGCCUUUGUUAACCAUUCUAUUA